AUGCGGCGCCGGUGCGGGGCGGCGCUGGCCGCCGCGGCGGCCGCCGCCGCUGUGGUGGCGCUGUCCCCCGCCGUGCGCCCGGCGGUGGCGCGGGAGGCCGCGCCGGCGCCGGAGGCCGCGGCGUGGCGGCGAGGCCUCCGCGAGGGCGAGGGCGCCGACCCCAGGCGCCUCGCCGAGGACGGCGCGCCCGGCUGCGGCUGCGAGGGGCAGACCACCAGCGCCGCCGAAGCCGAGGCCGUGGACGUGGACGCGACGACCACUGGGGCCCCGUCGGACGGCGCGGAGACCACGGUGGCAGCCGACUGCUCUUGUGACUCGCCGGCGCCUUCGGCAGCCCCGACAGCUUUGCCCACGGCAGCCCCGACAGCUUUGCCCACGGCAGCACCCACAGCAGCCCCCACGGCAGGGCCCUCGGCAGGGCCCACGGCAGCGCCCACCGCAGCGCCCACGCCCUCGCCCACAUGGUCGCCUGCUGAGGCCCCAACAGUGUCCGGCUCCCUGACGGUGUCUGGCCUCGACUACGCAGACCUUGUGAACGACGCGGAUCUCAAGGCGGAUUUCGAGGGCGCUGUGACGAGUGGAGUCGUGCAGGACGUUGGAGGUGGCGUCGUGGCCGAUGACGUCGACCUGACACUCUCUUCGGGCAGCGUGAUAGUCGACUUCGUUGUGCGGGUUCUGAGCGGAGACGCCGACACAGUGGCCUCCUUCCUAGUGGUCAGCAACCUGGGAGAGACCGUGGCGCGGGAGCUGGAGACAGCGAUGGCCGGAUACGGCAGCAUCAGCGUCAGCUUCGACCCGGAGACCGUCUCAAUUAGCACUGGGGGUAUGGCUUCAACCACCGAGGCGCCGCUCGAGACUACUGGUGGGACUCCCGAUGAAUCGUCGUCGGACGGCCUUUCAGGCGGCGUGAUUGCGGUCAUCGUGAUAGCCGUGGUGGUCUUCAUCGGAGGAGCCAUCGCCAUCGCCGCGGCCCUGGUGCACGCCCGCCGCCCCGACCUGCUCUCCGGCCUGCUCCCCGGCCUCGUGCGGGCAGACGGGCAGCCCCGCUCCAGGCGGGGGCCGGGCUGCCUUCUGAGGGACGGGGAGAGCUUGACAAAGCGCAGCGAAGUCGACACCCUCGACGACGAGGUGAAGCAACUCGAGCUCGACGUGCAGAAGGUUGCCGCCCAUAUCGACAUGUACUCGUCCAGGUUCGCGGAGAGCAGCGAAGAUCCGCCUGCGGCUCUCGUUGAACAGCACGACGCCUUCCUGCUGCAGUGGCGGCGGGUCAGCGACAGCUGGACCCGCUUCCUCUCCAAGACGUACCUGCCAGAGCACCAGCGGCGUCGUCACAUUCUCAGCCAGCGGGACAGGGAGGGCCCCGACAAGAAGGGCAAGCGCCAGAGGGGCCAGCGAGACGACGCGGACGGCGGCGCCGAGGAGGCGCUCACCUCCCCGGAGGAAGUGGCCGCACAGCAGCAGCAGGUGGACAGCCACAUCAAGGACCUGGAGCGCCUCCUGGCCAGCUACGGGGAACUGCUGGAUAGCGCGUUCCCCGGGGAGGACAUCUCGCUGGGGAUGGAUCUGCCCCAGCGGCUCCUCGGGGGGCUGGCGCUGGGUCUGGCGGAGUCCGAGACCACCGCCGAGGUGGCUUUGCUGAGACAGUUCGUCGACGUCCUCCUGGAGCACGUCGAGGUCAAACCCUACGGCGUGCUCGGGGUGCCCGAAGGCCGCUCCGAGCCGAAGCCGCUGGCGCCCCUCGAGGCGGUGGUGGUCGACGUGGUGGAGGCGCAUGUCCUCGGCCGCGACGGGCCCGGGGCUGCUGGGGAGGUGCCAAGGAGCAUCUACAGGUGGCUCGACUUGGGGGUCACCAACGGCGACAACAAUGCCGACACCAACUUCCCAAAGGCCGUCGCCGAGCAUUUCAAAGUCAGCGGCAAGCAGUCCCGUCACGUCGCGGAUGAGACGUCGCGCCCGGCGAAGUUGCACGCGUACCGGCCUGGGCAGACCGUCAUCCACGGCGCUGCGCCCGCCCUGUCCGACACGCACACCGCAGUCAGGGACCUGUCUGGCCUCUACCGGGAGACGCUCCUCGAGUUCUGCGCCUGGCUGGAGGAGUCGGGAGCCAGCAGCAGCGCGUGGGCUAGCGACGCCGGGGACAUCCUGGAGGCCGGCCAUGGCGAGCCCGCGCCGGAGCCCGCGGCGCGGGGAGCCAGCGCGGCCGCGGUCGCGGCAGAGCAGGCCGGCGGCGGCCAACCGAUCGCCGCCCUCGCUCCGAGGCGUGAAUUUGCACAUGCCCGGACCCCCAUCGAGUUGUGA